GUUUCCUCAUCCACUACUACGCUCGCGACCCGAGUCCCCCCAGUCCUCUUUCCGCAACCUCCGACGUGCCGCCCCGUUCGUCCCAGAGGCGCGGCGGGCAUAGAGGCUGGAACACGCGCCUCACAAUCUCCUCAGUACCACCAGCAGGGUAUCAGCAGCCAGCAAUCAAAUCCUCCCUCACCAGGAUGCUCCCCACGCUACUCGGCGGCUACCUCACCGUCUCCGCGCUACCGCACCCAACCGCGACAGCGACUCCGCGCGCACGCGUACUCCCUGGUCUCAGGCCCUCCUCCCGCCUCGUCGCCCGCCGAAGCGCAGGGGAAACUGUACACGCAACGGCCACAGAAGAGGAGGAGCAGGAGUGGAAGGAGCUCCAGGAGGAGGGGCUCCCGAUGCGGGGGCAGCACGCCGAGGAUGACCACGACCACGACCCCGAGAUCGCGGACAUUAUGGGGGAUUACUUCGACGACCCCAAGAAAGCCCAGUCCCGUAUGGAGGAAAGGAUAAAGAAGAAGCGGCACAAGAUCGUGCAGGCCAAGACCGGCUCGCCCAAUCCCAUGAAGGUCGUCUUCAACAAGUUUGAUUUCUCCAAUUCAUAUAUAUGGUUUGAGUUCUACAAUGCUCUAUUGCCAAAAGAUGUGAAAUUAAUUUGUGAUACUCUGCGAUCAUGGCAUAUACUUGGACGCCUUGGUGGGUGCAAUUCCAUGAAUAUGCAGCUAUCACAGUUGAGUUUAGAUUGUAAAAGACCAACUUAUGAUGCUCUUGAAGCAGCAAACACCACACCAACAUCCUUUUACAACAUUGGUGAUCUAGAGAUUCAAGAGAACCUAGCACGUGUCUGGGUGGACAUUGGUAUUCAAGAUCCAUUGCUUUUGGACAUCCUGCUUAAUUCAUUAACCACCAUAAAUUCGGAUCAUCUGGGCAUUAAGGAAGUACAGUUCGGAGGGUCGGAGUUUCAGAGCUGGAACGACAGCUUGAAUACUGAAGAAGCUGGAUACAGUGUCCAGAAGAUCUAGAAAGCAGAGUCGUGCGAUUGUAGAAGCAGCUACCAUUUUGGUAACCUGGAGGAUCCAACAACGAUUUACUGGAUAAAAUCACGCCUCACUUGAUCUUGACGCACUAAUCUUGCAAUUGAAAAGGACGACGGCCUCCCCACCAUUGCUAAUUGCUAAGCAUGAAGGAUGAUGUCUAUAUUGUUGUGCAAACGACCUGUUUUGGUCUCCGCCUACAGGAUACCAACGACUCAAGUUGGACAAGUGUAACAUGUUGGCCUGUUUGUUGUGCUGAAACACGCUCACUCGAGUUUCUCCGUCUGGAUGAAAUGUUACCAGUGAGAUGAUUGUUAAAUAUUGUCGCCUAUUGUUGUCUA